AGAAGGACAAGCUCAGUUCACAAAUAACUCCCCUCACUAGUCCACUGUGACUGGGUGAUGGGACCAGGGUGGCUAUGGGUGCUGGGAGUGGGAAAAGACAGAGAAACUUGCUUUUUGAAUUCUGAGUUGCUUUCCCUGGGCUCGUCUGCCUGGUAACAACAUUACCAGGCAAAGGAGUAUAGAUUAAUGGGACCAAACUGAUCCAGGCAAGGUGCUGAGAAACAGGGUUCAGGAAAGUCCCUGGGCACUCACUGAGGAGCCUAGGGAUGGGGUUUGGAGCAGUGUGGAGCCCUUCAGUUACCUGCCCCCAGCGUGAGCCCAGCACACGCUUCUCUCUUGUAUGAGGAUUUGCUUGGAUGUGGAUUCUUGGUUGUCCACACUUGUAGGAUGGAAAGAGCCGAGUCUAUCACCCUCUUCUGGAGCCGAGGAGCUAACUCGGGUCGGGAAAAUGCGACAGCGACUGCCCACUCGAGGUCGUCAUGGCGACAGCCAGUGAACGUGUUCCUCUCCUCGGGCAGGCCCCCGAGUGUAGAAGAGCUGCUUCGCGAGGCGCAGCUCAAUCUCCAGAGCCUGUUGCAAGGUCACAGCAAAGGCCCAGCAGGCAGUGUGGCUCACCCUACCACCUCCAACAUCAGACCCAGUCACUUGGUUUUGGAAGGUGUUCAUGGAAGAGUUGCAGUUGGUCAGGAAGCUCGGUUCCCAAGUCUCACAUCACCAGUACUGAGAAAUCCUUCAAGUGAGCCAGAAGAACCUCCCCAGGCACGGAGUGGUCCAAACCCUCCUGGCAUGGAUAGCAUGGGAAUGGUGUACAGUGUCCCAAAUUCUUGCAAUGGACCAACAGAAUCAACGUUCUCCACUUCCUGGAAGGGAGAUGCUUUUACCUACAUGACUCCAUGUGCCCCCAGCCAGAGAAAUCAAGUCAAUGAAGAUGGAAAAAAUCCUUCCUCUGGGAAUUCUUGGGUCUCUCUGAACACACUCCCACCUCUGGUUACUAAGGAGGCUGCUACCCUCUUCGUCACUCGUGAUAGUCCAAUAGGAUGCAGUGGGUUAACUGGCUAUUCUGAGCACCCUACUCAACGAAGGCAAAUACAGGAAAGACCCUCCAAGAUUGGCCUUUUGACUGGUGCUACCUCGAAGCUGGAGACAGGUCCAUGUGGGGCCAGCAGAUUCCGAGAGCGGUCGCUGUCUGUGCCUACAGACACAGGUACCACAGAUGUGGACAACGAUGAGGAGCAGAAGACCAAUGAGGCCUGUGCCCUGCCUUACGCCAGUACAAGUUCUGAGGGCAGCAACAGUGCUGACAACAUUGCCUCCCUUAGUGCCCAACAGGAGUCCCAGCCCAGAAGGCAGAGGUCCAAGAGUAUCUCACUUAAGAAGGCAAAAAAGAAGCCUUCUCCACCAACACGUAGUGUCUCACUGGUCAAAGAUGAGCCAGUCCUCUUGCCAGAAGGGGGAUCCAUGCUACCCAAGGACCAGAGGCCCAGGAGCCUUUGCCUCUCCUUGGAAUACCAAGAACAUCACUCAUGCCACCUAGAUGCUCAGGGUCACCCAGCUGUGCCAACCCUCAAAGAUUCAGAAGGUACACAAUUCUCCCACCACUGGUAUCUAACUGACUGGAAGUCUGGUGACACCUACCAAUCUUUGUCCAGCUCCAGCACUGCUACUGGCACCACAGUCAUUGAGUGCACCCAAGUUCAGGGCAGCUCAGAGUCUCUUGCCUCCCCUUCUACCUCCAGAGCCACUACACCUUCCCAACUGUCCAUUGAGGUGGAGGCCAGGGAGGUAUCCUCCCCAGGAAGGCCCACUGGACUGAUGUCACCCUCCAGUGGCUACUCCAGCCAGUCAGAGACACCAACUCCCACUGUCUCCAUGUCCUUGACCCUGGGCCACUUACCCCCUUCAAGCAGCAGUGUCCGAGUACGUCCAGUGGUACCUGAGAGGAAGUCAUCACUGCCCCCAACAUCACCAAUGGAGAAAAUUCCCAAGUCACAGCUAUCAUUUGACCUACCGUUGACCCCUUCAACCAACCUGGAUCUAUCUGGGAUGAAUAUCUCCAUUAGAAACAAAACCAAGGUGAGCAGGCAUCACUCAGAUACAAAUUUUGGAGCUAAGCUGGCCCAGAAAACUAGUCCCAACCAGCCAAUCAUGCCCAUGGUUACUCAGUCCGACCUACGUUCUGUUCGCCUGAGGUCAGUCAGCAAGUCAGAGCCAGAAGAUGACAUUGAGAGCCCUGACUAUACUGAGGACUCCAAAACAGAAGUCCUCACCUUACCAGAGAGAAAGAUGAAACCUCCCAUAGCUGAGAAGCCUCCACUUGCCCGAAGACCUCCAAGCUUGGUCCACAAGCCACCAUCUGUCCCCGAGGAAUACCCACUAACUUCACCUACUUUGACUAUGACCCCCAAGAGCUCAAUUCAACAUGGGAGACCACUCUCUCAAGACAGCUACACAGUAGUGCGGAAACUAAAGUCCUCCAGCUUCCCCAAUGGCAGAAACCCAAGCGAGUCGACAACACCCUCAACUCUUGUUUUUACACCUUUUGCCAGUUCCUCUGGUGCUUUCUUCUCGGGAACCCAGCAACCUCCCCAAGGAAAUAUGGAGGAUGAGGGCCCCAAAGUGAGACCCUUGCCUGAAAGAAUUAGCCUCCAGAGUCAGGAAGAAGCUGAGAAAAGGAAAGGCAAGAUUCCACCUCCUGUACCAAAAAAGCCCAGUGUGCUGUACCUGCCUCUUACCUCCCCCACAGCCCAAAUGGAGGCCUACAUAGCAGAACCAAGGCUGCAUGUCAGCCCCAUCAUCACCCUCGAGGAAGAUGCCAAGUGUCUCCACACUGAGGAUGGCCUGCAGUCACUUGGUGAAAGGAUGACUUCAACUCCACAGAUUGACAGUGAAAAGAAGGCAAGCCCUCUGGGGAGUUCUGUGGAACCAAUCAUGGAAGAAAAAAGUUUAAUCAGUGAUAAAACAGCCGAAUGGAUUGCAGAGGAUGAUGAUGACGUGUUUGUGGCUUCACGCACAACUGAAGAUUUAUUUACUGUGAUACACAGGUCCAAAAGAAAGCUGCUUGGCUGGAAGGAGCCUGGUGAGGCCUUUGCCUACAGCAGACCAAGCUCGCAUUCACCAAUAAAGAACACAGCUGAGUCUCCGAUCAGUGAGUCAGCUGCCACCUUGGGGUCAGGUGGCAGUGCCAACCUAGAUGCUGGCAGAAAUGAUGAUUUCAAGGCCUUGCUACAGAAAAAGGGAAGCAAGGCAACUCUCAAGUCCCGCCCCUCAGCAGCUGAACUGCUGAAGACCACUAACCCACUAGCUCGGAGAAUUAUUGCACAAUUUUCGAAAGACUAUGAAACCACCGAUAACCCCAGUACCUAAGCCCUGGGUUCAACAAGCAGGAUUUACUUACUAAACUUGAUUAGAGGAGGAGUUUUAAAAAGGAACCUUGGGAAUAACAACAGAGCCUACAUUUCUAUUACAUUAACCCACACUCUGGAUGGCAGGAGAGAGACCACUUCAUCUAGAGCUAAAGUCAACAGGCACUUAAUUAUCUUCAGACGCUUUACAUUUUCAUACUUAUAGUCUUGCCUUGACUGACUCCCGAGUUUCUUCUUAUUCUCCCCCAGAGGUGCACACUAAGAAGAAGUUCUCAGAUGUGAGGGCACAUGUGCCACGUUUUCAAUCAAUGACCCAGCUGCUCCAUCCCUGGCUCCUGUCACUGAGGGGUGCAAUGGGAGAGCAGAUUUGGGGCUGCCAAAUCUGGGGGGAUAUGGUGCCAUUGCGGAUAAGUCAUUAUCCUGGGGAGGUCCUGAUGGCCCUGUGUGGAGAUACAGAAAGACUCUAACGUCUCCUCAGCCAUACUUUAACUUUCCUCUGUGUGCCCGAGGUUUGCAGGUGUGCACUUAUUUCGGCAUGGGGUUGAUUAGAUGGCUUUUGUGGUGCAAAGUAUGAAUGUGACUCUGUCCUGAAACUUCAUGCCUUUUUCAGCUUGAUUGUCUACACGGAGAUCAGGGUGAUAAGCCUCAAUAAAUAUAUAGACCCCCCCCCCAUUAGUUAGAAAAGGCCAGGACCAUGUUGUUUUGGAUGAACCAGGCUCAGCCAACAAAUGAGACAGCCAUUUGUUCACUCAGAUCUACCCACAAUAACUCGCAAGUGCACCCCCAGAUCUUUCAAAAAAUCUGUUGACAGCAGUAGCCAGGAUCUGUGUCCAGCUCAUGCUGCAUUCAAAGAACUCUCUUUCAUUCGCAUGUAACACUCAUUACAAGAAGUAAUUAUCUGAAGUAAUAGCAUUAUCAAAGACACAAAGAGGAUAGAAAGUAAAUGCACCUUGCCCCCCACCAUUCAAUUCAGAUCAUGGUUUGUUUUUCUUUAAAGGAAGUCUGACUCUGUUAUGAAAACCAAGAACAUGUAAACUAAAAAGGUCUAUCAAAAAUCUACAAGGCAGCCUUGCAAGUUGUUAUGGCCCAUAACACACAAAAAAAGGGCUACUUUUUGCCAUUUAGGUUCUGCUGUUUGACUAACUUUCAAUUAACCAUGCUGGGGGAGAGUAUAAGAACUUCAGUAAAUGGGAUGCUGAAAAAGCUCCAGAAAAGUCAUUGUGAUUGUUUUGUCUCCGAAGCUUACAGGCAGUAACUAUUCUUGUCAGCUCAAUUCCUAAGCAGAGCAAGAGUAGUGGUUCAUUUGAUUUUUGUAUGCCUGAUUUCUGAGAGGUUGGAGGGUGGGGGAAAAACAGACAAAUCAUUGAACAAAGAAAACUUUCUGACCAGUGAUGGAAAGUUAGUUGUCUACUAUCCCCAAAAGGCAAAAAGAAAAGUCAAAUGAAAUUGUAGUCUGCCUCACAAAGAGAGUUCCCUAAUACCUUCCUACUCCACCAACCCCCAACCAACAGAUUCAUUGGUCAACCUUCUGGAGGAUGCAGUAAGAGUUCCAGAGAUAAGCAGAUCUCAAUUUUGAUAGGUCUUGUUGUUCACCAAGGAGAAGCAAGCUCUUGGCUCAACUGCCCACCCUCCAGCUCAACAGAACAGCCAAGAAACCAUACUGAGUACUGAGAAGAUCGAGGCCUCUCACACAGAGAAACUCUAGACCUAGGUCCUUGGUUGGUACAGUUCUGAAUUCUGAGCACAGGCAAGGCAUACUAACUCUUGCAAUCAGCACUUCCCCUGAUUUAGAAAGAAGCCACUUAAAAUAAUAAACAGCCAGUGAAAGCCCAGUUGCUUUUGAAAGUAUUAGAACUACUUUGUUUGAAGGUCUUAAACAAAUUUCAGGGAUUUUAGUGUGAAAUAAAACAGAUUCAUCCCCAGGCCUUAGUUUAUGUAUGAAUGCUACGCUUGUCUGCCCCAGACUCAGAAUUCCAAAAGACAGAAACAUUUUCCUCUGUAGGGAAAUGAAGGAGUGUCUGUGCUUUUGCUUAACAAAAGUGAAAGGCUGCCAGAGCCUGCUCCUUGGGAACCAUUACUAUGACUAGCUGAACUCUAAAGCCAAGUAUGGGAUUCACACAGUAUAGGACUUGUUACUUUUGCUAAUUUUUCUGGAAGCUUCUUGUUUACUACGAGUGGGUUGUACCUCUCCCCUCACCUUGCUACCUCUGGAAGUUUCCCCAGAUAUUCUAAAGCUGUAUGCCCACUUUGUUUUUUAGUUACCUCGAGUCUUGCUUUCCUCUAUGAUACUCUGUAUGCCCCAAAUCUUCAGAACAUCUUCCACAUCAUCACUAUGGCCCUCAAAUGCCUCGUGUCCCAUUAGCACAGAGGAUUUGGGGCAGAGAUUGUAUGGUCAGAGAUAAUACUUAGGAUUGGAUAUAUUCAUUUAGUAUUUUGCAACAGGUGGACCUUGUCCCAAAAAAUCAAACUGUGAAACUUCUUGUUAGUCACUGAUUAACAGAACCCCAAGCACCUUUCUUACCCCUAAUACUACACCUCUCUUCUACUCUUAAUUAUUGUAACACCAACCCUCGCUCCCACCCAGGCACUUACCAUAAUAUUUGCUGCCUUCUCUAUCUACUCUGCCAAGACUGGAGAAGAGAGACUGAAAGCUUUGCCAGAAGCCUUGUAGAGAACCUACUGCUAUGAUUAGUACCGUAUGAAGAAUAAUGAUAAUACUUUUGGGGGGAGGAGGGAGACAGAGUCUCACUCUGUCACCGUGAGUGUUGUGCAUCAUAGCUCACAGCAACCUCAAACUCUUGGGCUCAAAUGAUACUCUUGCCUCAGUCUCCUGAGUAACUGGGACUAUAGGCACCCACCACCAUGCCUGGCUAGUUUUUCUAUUUUUAGUAGAGAUGGGGUCUCACUCUUGCUCAGGCUGGUCUAGAACUCCUGUGCUCAAGCAAUCCACCCUCCUUGGCCUCCCAGAGUGUUGGGAUUAUAGGAGUGAGCCACCACACCCAGCCAUGAUAAUACUUUUUAAAGGUAGAAUAGAGAAGAAGUUUGAAGGAAAUGAAGUUGGGUCCCUGAAGGUCAGCUUCCACUUCAAGUUGGUCCCAUCUCCUUCUUUCUCUCUGAUUCCAUCAAAUAAUAGCAGGUGGCCCAGCUAGACUGACUUCCAUUUGCUCAGAAAUAGAGGGAGCCAGCCCCAGGAGAGGAGGUUAGUUGGUAACUAAAGGUGGUUUGCACUUGGUAGGUAUUCACUACAUGUUUGUGGUUCAGAUAUUGAGGGGAGAGAGUAAGUUAUUCUCAGUACAGGAGUAAGUUUUGCUGGUGUCUCCUUUCCUCUGCUUGUACAAUUUUGCCUGCCUCAGCCUCACUCCAGGGCCUCCCACCUGACCCCAACUUGUCCCUCAGCCCCAUUUCCCAGGAACCAUAUCCCUAGCCAACCCAUAAAGGAGGUGAGAUGACAGGCAGCAAAAUAGUUCCCAUUAGACUAAUCACCACAAAUUGACCAGCUGAUCUGGAGAAAUUACCUUUUUUUGGCAGUUUUUGGCCAGGGCCGGGUUUGAACCCGCCAGCACUGGCAUAUGGGGCCAGCGCCCUACUCCUUGAGCCACAGGGGCCACCCAGGAGAAGUUACCUUGAAUGUAUGAAGACAGAGGAGAUCCUACCAAGCUCUUCUAAUGAGCAUUUCACUACGUAGUAACCAUGUCAACUGUCUAGAUAACAGAUCCAAUUAGAGCCUGAGUAGAUCUAUCCAUGCACCUGCCCUCUUCCUCAUAAAUGAACUAGUCAGGAAAAAGCCAAGUUCGUGCUUAGUGCUCUGCUCCUCACUCAUUCAGCCUUCUGUUCUCAUCAAGUCUGUGACAUGAUGGUGAGCUUUCGCUUUCAUAUGAUUUGCCAGGGCCAGGAGUAGGGUGAGGUGAGCGAGGCUCUUAGCAUGCAUAAGUCAAAGAGGUGCCCACUCUCAGGGCCAUGCAAGUGCCUUACCCUCAUCCCAGCCCUGUGAUUUGCACUUUGUAGAGUAAUAUCAGUUUUGCUUCUCUUCCUAUGAAAACAUAUAUUCUUUCUGAUAUGGGGGGUAACUCCCUAUCUGUUGCACCAAAACUUUUAUUGCUAUUUUUCCAUUGCUAUAAGCUUUUGUAUGCCUAUACAUUAAAGAAUCGUCAAUAGGGCGGCGCCUGUGGCUCAGUGAGUAGGGCGCCGGCCCCAUAUGCCGAGGGUGGCGGGUUCAAACCCAGCCCCGGCCAAACUGCAACAAAAAAUAGCCGGGCGUUGUGGCGGGCGCCUGUAGUCCCAGCUGCUCGGGAGGCUGAGGCAAGAGAAUCGCGGAAGCCCAAGAGUUAGAGGUUGCUGUGAGCCGUGUGACGCCACGGCACUCUAUCCGAGGGUGGUACAGUGAGACUCUGUCUCUACAAAAAAAAAAAAAAAGAAUCGUCAAUAGUAUCAGAAAACAGUUGAUUUCUAAGUCACCUGCUCCAAGUGGCAAGUUAGCACCCAUUUCAGUAGGAGUGCCCACAGGAACAGCCCUCCAGCAAAAUAGUGAAUGAGUGAGAGGUCUGUCACAGUGGUCCUCUGUCUCCUCUUUCUGCUCCAUUCUUCUCAGACCACAUUUCCCAGAACCAACUCUUCUCAGUACCUCCCACUUUGUUCUCCUUCUCUCUAAGAAAAACAUGCUCUCAGGAAGGAAAAUUCAUUUACUAUAAGAUUAUGGCUUAUGCUUAAUGCUACCUCUUUUGAGGGCCACUUGUAUUUUAACAGGGGAAAAGCCUUAAGCCAAAGGAAUGAAGUUGUACGUGCAGAAUAUUAGGCAUCAACUUGUUGUAGAAAUGUAUUUUUCACCAUAGACAGGCCAGAUUCCCUGCCAGCUAUCUCCAGAACAUAGAAAAUACCUUAAUCUCCUAGAAUCAUUUUAGUUAAUAGCUGAUGGUCAGUUAAAUUGUCCUGAUAGCCAGUGUUAUUCAAUGUGAUUACUACCAAGGGACUGUACUGAAAGCCACUGAGAAGGCCUAGAUCAUUCAUAUUGUACAUUACCAUUUUUACAUAAGGGGAAUUAAUUCUACUUACCAUUUGAGUGAAAGAACAUAAGGAUUUAAAGAGUUUGUGAAAAUGUGUUCUGUUUAUGAAAGGUGAAACUGUCUAAUCCAUGUCCAGUCAAUAUCAGUCAUCCAGUAUUGGUGGUAAUUAUUAAACUUGUUGGAGGUACAGCUUUCUUAAACACAAGCCUGUGCUCCCCCCCCCACUUUAUCUCUGUUAUGGGCUGUCACUUGAGCUCAGUGUGAGAAGGGGACCAUAUCUAUACCAGGGCCCCCAGGCCUUUCAAAGCAUUUGUAAGUAUGCCAGCUGUGAGCGACAAAGAUCUUAGAGAUUUAAAAGGACAAAAGAGUGGGAAAGAGGAACAAAGGGCAACAAAAAGUGUAAUGAUUUAAACAAUGAUAUGAAAUAAGCAAAGUUUUAGAGUACUUUGAAACAGAUUUAUAGAAGAAUACAGUAGCAAAUGGUUAUAGACACAUAUUCAGGGCAUUUUUAAUAAGUUUAGCAAAAAGAAAUUUGCAUGAGUAAUGGGUAAAAUGAAUAGGCGUAUACUUGUGUUCAAUAAAGUCCAAAAUCUAGGCCAGUGAUUCUCAAAGUGUGGUUUCAGAACCAGCAAUGGCAGCAUCCCUGGAGUGUGUGAGCACACACAUGUGUGCUCAUUCUGGUGACAUUACUCUUCAAGCUACUGAAUCACUGUAGUCACAACUUCCCAAAUGAUUCCAACCUUACCCAUUGUUUUGGCUGUCUUUACAGUGAUCAAUCUCUGGCCACGAGGUAUAUAUUGUCAUCUUCAUCAGGCGUACAUUCGUUUGGUUUUAAGAAAUUGUCAGAUUGAAUCAACCACUUGCCCAGCCUGCAAAACCUUUGAUUGGACUUAACCAGCACAUCUGGCCUGGUUUGGGUUAAUUUGCUUUUAACUCACAAAUAGAAAAAAAAGGAAACGUGUUAGGUUUGUCUGGUAUUGCUAACUCUUAAAUGCUUACCUUCACCAUGGUAGCUGUUCUCUAGGAGGACUCUGGCAGAAGUAUAUUUGAUUUUAAGAUUUUGCCUAUGUGGUAGGAUUUGGUAACAACAGACUCAAAAACAAAAUCUGAAUCGAACAGCCAAUUAACCCUCUUAGCUUCUUUGUAAUGCCAAACUUUAUAGAAAUUUAUUACUUACAUGGUCUUGCUUUUUUAAUGUCCAAUUUUAUAAAAUGUUAUGCAUGCAGAUGCAGCGUUGUGUACAAGUCACCUCAAACUCAUUCCUUCCUCCAUACGUAUGAUGGUGAAGAAAUAUCAAAUAUGUAUGUUCUGAAGUCUCAUGAGAAAUUGUAAAUUACAAAACUUUUCAUUAAUUUUUAAAUGAGAUGUAUUUACUCCAGCUAGCAGUUAAAAUUUUAUUCUUUUUAUUAUAUUUCAUUGCUACUUUUUUCUACUGACUCAAAGCUUACUUUGGGGAAUAUUUCUUAUUUCUAGAUUGUUGUAUUUAUCUUAUUUCUAUAUUUAUCUGUAGCCACAGAAUGUUAGAGCUGAAAGGGACCAACCUCUCUUGUUUCACAGAUAAGGAAACUGAGGCCCAGAAAUGUCAAAUGACUUGUAUAAUGUCAUACGACAAGCCAGUGGCAGGGCCCAACCUCAACUCCAGGUCUUCUGCCUCUGGGCCCAGUGUGUUAUCAUUUAAAAUACUACAUUUAUAGAACACCCACAGCUGACUUAUACAUUUAUGACACAUGAAUUUCCUGGUUAUUUCAGUGAACUUUAAGGAAAAAUGUUCAAGAGUUCUUUCAUGAAACCAAAAACGAAUAUGAUUUUCAGUUUAGAAACAUGUGUUUCCCUCCAAAUUCAAAAUAUGUGCCCUAGUUUGUACAAUGGAUAUUUUCCCUAAAACUUGUGGGGGAAAAAUGGAUCUUUAUAGGUCAAAUUCCAUUUUUCAUUCAAGAAGCUUCCUAUGCAAGGGGAUCUUCUAGUAACUUCUUUUUGAAAAACCAAGAUUCCUCUUGCCAUUGUCCCUUAAUGUCUCUACUAUUUUUUUAAUGUGAAUUUUUGUAUUUGGUGUUUCUUUAAAGUAGGACAAAACAAUAUUAGCUUUUCUAGAAUCUACUUUAACCUUCUCUUCUUAAUCUUUAUUACAAAUUUUUCAGACUGUUAGACACUCGUAAGCUAUUCAAUUAUGAUAUUUUGUCAAUCCCUGGGCUCAAACUCUAUCUCCAUCUCAUUAAACAGUAACAGAAUUCCCUAAUCAGUACUAAGCUCUGCAUGCAGUCCCUUUUCCAGAACAUUCUUUGCCUAAUGUUUCUUAGUGUGGCUCUUUCUUUAGCUACUCUUACAUACAUCACCAUGGAUUUUGUGGAGUUGCAGGCAGUGCACCUUUAGGGUUGUACUAGUCCUACUGAGUGGCAUUUCCAUUGUUCCCUGUUUCUCCCAGAUGUCCUCUGGUUUCCCUUUUCAGGCAUGCUCAGAGGCUUCUGACCAGAGAGUGGUAGGAUUCUCUCCAUUAUCUAGACAAAGGAUUGGCAAACUCUGUAAAGAGCCAGAUAAUAACUAUUUUAGGCUUUGGGGCUACAUAUGGUCUCUGUAGCAUAUUCUUUGUUGUUGCUGUUUAUUCAUUCAUUUGUUUUACAACACUUGGAUAAUGUAAAAAACCAUUCUUAGCUCAUAGGCCAUGCAAAGCCUUAGGCUGAGCCCCAGUCCAGGCUGUCUUCUGGGACAGGCAUUUCUGUGACCUGCCCCAUGUGAUGACUGGGUUGUGUACUAGAUGAUGUGGCUCACUGUCUUCCCGUCUACUGUGCUGUCAGACCAAUCUGACUAUGCGGGGGGAAGGAGGGAGGGGCUGCAUAUGCCAACCAUUGCUCUUCAAUGAAGUGUCCAUUCUCUCUUUCUCAUUAUUGACCACCUUGGUGGAGAAACCUUCAUUCUUUUCUCCAGACCUGUUCUUGUUAUCCAAUGUGUGUCUGCUUCCCUAGGUUUGGGGGUAAGCUGGUAGGAAAGAAUGGAUUUCUGAGUUUUCUUAUUUCUUUUGUCCCAUCAUUGCUCCCCCAAAACUGUGGUUAGGGACCCCUGCCCCAGUCCACCCUGCCUUGUCCCAUACUACUAUCAUGAGUGUAGGUCUGUCAUUGGAAAGUCUGGUGGCCCAAGCCAUAAGAUUCCAGUCCAAGCCUAUGAUUUCUUAGGGAAAUCACCAGCUCUUUUGGUUCCAAGGGCUGACUUUAAAACCCAGAAUAUCCAUAUAUCCAUUUCCUAAUGCAGCUUGGACUUGUAGACACAGCAAUCACCCUGACAAGAAAAUCAAUGUGGUGUGCCUGCAAUGUUUCCCUGCUCCUGGGAGGGGCUCCUUAGACUUCCCCUUGCAAUACCACAGCCAAGGGGCAUUCAGCAUACCAUCUCCUCCUAUUUCCUGAACUUCUUAAAGGAUUCCCUAAAGCUUUUUCACAUCUGUCUCCAUCUUGCUCCCAUCUACACCCCUCAUGCUACUCGUGAGUCUAAAGCUCACAUUCAUAUUUUCACAUUCGCUCAUAUAAACUUUGGGGAUAUGAGUGGUGGUUGAGAAGCUGUGUCUGUGUGUGUUUGGGUUCUCCUUUUGGACUGUGAGGGCCACGGUCACUAAUGAAUCACAUACACAGAGCACCCAGUUCCCUCACGGCUUCUCUAGUCUGAAUCCGGAUCUGGUGGGGCUCCCAAGGCCUUUCUCCUCUCUUGUCUUUUGAGACCUUCUUUCCACUGGCUUGGCUUGUGCUGCCUCCUCCUCAGGGAGCCAUUUGAAGAAAUUCCUCUUGGCAGUUCUGGACAGGCCAACAUACAGAAAGCUAGGACUCUAAUUCAAUGUGGAUUCAGUCGCUCAGACACAGCUCUCAGGCUGCAGCUUUUCCUAGCUCAGCACAUUGCUUCAUAGGACCUUUCAUUUGAUUUCUGUCAUUUGAGCCCAGGGAUAUACUUCCUCACUGAAAUUUUAGAAAGUCAGAGACACAACUAACUUUCAGGAUUUCCCUAUUAAAAGCAUCCAUGAAACAGUUCCUUUCUGCCUUCUGUUUAGGAUUUCCACAAUUAGAUUUGGAAAACAGGCUUGUGCCUUGAAUCCAAAACAGAAAAAAUACUCCACUUGCCAAAAGCAAACAGGAAUGAGCAUUGGCUAGUCCUAGUGUGCAGAAUUAGGAGAUGGACUUCUGUUAAAUUAGCAGUUACCAUUCAGCAUUUACUGAUUGCCAACAAUGCAUUUAAGAAUAAUAAGGGAGAUAGGAAUUUACAGACCAAUAUCUUAAAUGGAAGGCAAUAUCCCCAGUGAUGAGAAUGGGUCCCCGGAAAAAAUGUCAAGAAGCAGAAGAAACGAGGAGAGAACACAAUCCCAAUCUCUUUAGAAUUCCAACACAAAAUGGAAAGGAGCCCUCCAUGGGGUGAUGUUAGAAAGGGUUUUUCUUGUCUUUCUUUGAAUAAAAAAAAAAGCAUUCCUUAUUGGCUUGCUACCAGCAAUUGAACUGUUUUCUUUAUAUAGCUAGAGCUGUUUGUGUCUUCUUAAAAUAAAC